AUGUCUCCUUAUCAAGCUCUUUAUGGAAUUCCUCCUCCUCAAGUGAGAAAAUAUGUCCCUGGUAGUACUGUUGUUCAUCAAGUGGAUCUAGUACUGAGGAACAUAGAUGAACUACUAUGUAAGCUCAAGUGUAACAUGGAACAAGCUCAGGCCAGAAUGUUGGUUUACUAUGACAAACAUCACACCGAAAGAGAGUUUGACAUUGGUGAUUGGGUAUUCCUCAAAUUGCAGCCAUACAGACAAAAGUUAGUGCAGGUCAGAAAAUCCCACAAACUGUCUCCAAAAUACUUUGGUCCUUAUCAGGUGAUAGAAAAGAUUGGUAAAGUUGCAUACAAGUUAGAGCUACCUGCUUCUGCAAAGGUGCAUCCAGUGUUUCAUGUAUCUCUUCUAAAGAAGAAACUGGGAUGUUCAGUAGUUCCUUCUCCAACCUUACCUCCUAGUUUUGAUACCAAUAAGAACAAUUGGGUCCUUGCUAAAGUGCUACAGAGAGCUUUAUUCAAGAAGGGUAACAAACCUGAGGUGAGAUGGUUGAUUCAGUGGAAGAAUGGCUCAGAGGAUGAUGCCACAUGGGAAUGCGCAGAAGAAUUUCAUAUUUGUUUUCCAAAUUUUAAAGGGUAA